AUGGAUGAGGUUGUGGUCCAAAUUGCAAUGACAUCUGAUGCCAAAGAGUAUCUUGAAGCUGUUGAGGACGACAAUGAGCUUGAAGAUGGUGAAACAGUUGAACAUAUCUUCUAUUCCCAGGACUGUCAGCGAAGGAUCAAACAGUGUUUCAAUGAUAUGAUGGCAGUUAUUGAAAUGCCAGGAGGCGUAAACGCAAAGAUGUUGAAGGUGCUUGAGAAAGCAUUCGCAAAAAUUAAGUUGAUUGGCAGUGACAUCGGGAAGCACAAACAAAGGUGUUUAACCCAAUAUCUCAAGAAAGACAUGGAGAACCACCCCACAAAAAUGGUACCCAAUGGACCAGUAUUGCAGCCUGCAGAAUUUAUUUAUUCAUUUUGGAAAAGGACCCCAGACACCUGUGACAGCUUUGGUAUGAUGUGUUUGUUUGGCUAUUCUGCUCAUCAAACACACGGUCACUCUCUUCCUCCCACCACCAUGCUCAUCACCGUUGCCAAUGCCACAGCAUCAGCAUCACCCACUGCCACCCACGUCACUCCUCAACCCAUUCAUGUCACUCAUCCACCAACCAAGACUAUGCAUGCUGCAACAUGUCAACACCAACACAAUGGGUUUGGGCGAGGUUCUGCAAGGUCCAGGCAAUGCAGCAACACAUUGUCUGGUGUUUCUGACCAUGCGGGUGCCAGGUCACUGCCAGUGAUGUGGCAACUAAAUGGAAGAGCACCCACAACCACCAUGAUCCAGGAUGAUGAUGUGUCUAUGCCCCACAACCGUGCCACAUCACACGCCGCCCACAAACACACCCACAGCACCCAGGAACAACACCCACAAUGA